ACAAGCUUGUCAAGCUGGCUAAUUAAUCAUGGCUGGGCUGAGCUUCCGAGCAUUGGAGGCACUGUGGCCGUGGCCAACAAUGGAGUUUCCUCUCCGCCGACGGACGACCGACGACAAGGCCUUUCCGAGUUGCUCUUCGUUCGUACUUCUUGUUAUUGUCUCCCUCGGUCAAUCAGUUUUGCACUUCUGCUUCUCAUAAAUCUAUUUGUACCGUAUCCAUUCACUGGAAACCAUGCCUUUUUGGGACACUGGACAGCAGGAAGAAAAGGGGAAAGCAUCAGAUGCAAUGGCGAGCAACGGGGAACGUCUUUCCACCAGUGGUUUGACCUUGGAAUCUGCCUUGGAUUGGACAUCACUGCUGCUCAGCACAAAACUGGACAAUGAGCAAGACAUGGAACCAGAAGAAAUCAAGGCAGCUGUGAAGGUGUACAAGGAACUCCAUCGUAUUUUGAAACUCUCCACACGCACUGAGGACACAUUCGGACAACCACUUUCGCCCAAUGCUUCCAAUAUUGCACCAACGUCCUUUCAUGAGCAGUUUAUUGACUUGCAAGAUGAAAUCAAAGAGCCUCGGCCCUUGACCAAAGCCAACUUGGCGGAACUGAAUGACUUUUUGAUUCUUGACAAUAGCCUGCGUGAAACUACAGUGGGAAGUGCCCGUGGUCACACCUUGGAGGAAAAGCACCAAAUUGUGGACGCCAUUGCCGAUACUGGAUUGGAGGAAAUUAUUCUUGGAGCCUUUGGGAGCAAAAUCUCUGUUGACAGUCAAAUUGCUGGUCGCUGGAAAGCACUAGGCAAAUCCUUUGACAAUGCCUGGGGAUUCUCGGAAGCCUUUGAUCUGGAAGGAUUUGAUGAAGAGCCUCUUUGGCAAUCUACUUCCAAUUUCAUAAACGCCAAACGAGACGGUACCAAGUUGCCGGACUAUUGGGUGCCUACUCAGGCUGUCAAAACAACCUACAGUAAAGAUGAUCUGGCCCUGUUCAAGAGAGCCUAUUCGUACUUUCCCCAAGGAAAUGUGUUCAGUGGCCGAAAACCCAAAGACAUCCUCAAAGAAUCGGAAUCUCCAAAAGGGCGCAUCCCCAUGGGGCUUCUCAUGAUGGCUGGAUAUGGCAUUUGUAAUGCCAUUAUUGAAGUUGAUACAGCAGUGGAGACUUUUGACUAUGAGACCUACAAUCUUGUGGAACGAUGCCAGUAUCUCAUGCAAUGGUGCAAAGACAACUUUCCACAACGUCAAAAUGUGAAGCCUGGAGAAGAUGACUCUGCUCGAAUCUUUAUCAAUUGUCGAGAUUUUGUCAAUUAUCAGCGCAGUGACAGUGGCCUGGAAAUGUGCCUCUACAUGGUUGACCAGCUCUGCCGAUUGCCACCCAAUCAACGUCCCUUUGGUUUCCUCAUGGAGGAUCCCACAGGCUGGCUGUGGCCGGAUGAAGUUGGCCGACUCACGCGGCUCAUCAAAGCCACAAUGAAUCAGGCUGGGCAUCCAGAUGGAAAGUUCUUGGUGCAUCUUCACAUGUACUUUGCUAUGGCUGAAGCCUGUGUACUGUCAUCCAUGUGCAAUGGUGCUGAUGGAGUGUGGGCUGCUCUCUGCAAGACAGGAGCUCAGGUGGGACAUGCAUGUUCCACUAUAACAGCAGUCAAUUUGUAUCGAGCCGGUGUGGAAAAUGUGGCAAACAAGUACAACUUGUCCAAAAUGUGCGAGGGAGCCCGAUUGAUCACCAAAAUCACAACGAAGGAAGAAUGUCCAGAAUAUGAGGAAGUAUAUGGGGAGCAUGCUUUUGACACUGCAUUCUUCAUGUACAAUGUCCCUAGUUGUCGAUAUGCAAUUGCUGAAUUGAUGAUUGAGCUAGGGAUUGAUGCAAGGUACAUCCGCCUGAAUGAGAUUUCAUUGGUGUCCGCCAUUGAUCGAGCCAUGGAAUACCAUUUUGGCAAGUCAGAAGAAGCUGGAUGGGAUCCAAAGCACUGCCCACAAAUGUGGAAUGCCAUUGCCAAUCACCUGGUUACCGGAAUUAGCCGAGACUACAAUUCGCCACUUGGUCUAGGAACUCUGUAUGCAUUGGUAUCAGGAGAGAAUCUGCCACGCUCCAUGAUACACUCUAUGCUCAAGACAACCAAAGUUCUGGAUACCCACCCCACUGUAAUUGAAUUUGUACACCGUUGGAACCGGCUUUGUGCCAAGCACCUUGGCAAGGACUUCACUUCUCCGAUUUGCGAAACAAAAUGCAUCAUGCUUCCAUGCAUUAAUCUUGAAUCCCAGCCUCGGUUAGCAUCACUUCCUUUCAAAGUGAUUCAAGAUGACUAUGAUCUAAACCCAGCCAUUCAAGUUGUCCCACAGUGGGCCCGCAAUAAAUUGAAAAACCGAGAAUUCAAAGUUAUGCAAGAUAUUCAAAAAACCCAAGAUCCUUUGAUGACUUUUGAAGAAAGGUUACUGUCUCUGAAACUUUUUAUUGAAGAAGCAGAGAGCCUUCAAGUGUUACCAAUAGUGGACGACUUUGCAUGUCGAUUGCGUUUCAAUCUUUUCUUCGGUGAAGGUGAUAGUUGGCUGAAGGAGGUGAGAAUGGACCGGCCAAGCAAAGCAAACAAACGAAUAGUGCGUGCAGCUGCAGCAAUCAUGCAACGUGAUGGAAACCAUGCUUUGCACCGCAUGGUUAUGUCCUUGGUUCGAAGGGUGCAACACAAUGUGGGGUUGCAACCAGACUUACUGCCACUGCGGGAGGAUGUCGGCAUGGAAUCCUUGAUAAAAGCCUUCGAGCGAGUUGAUGGUGAUAAGGCUCAACAUGAUGCCCUAGACAAGUGGAUCCAGGAAUUUGAAACCAAUGACAGUGCUGCAUUUGGCAAUGCCAUUUUUGAGGUAGAUGUUGACGACGCACUAGAAGCUGUGGAUCGAAAUGAGCUUCUGUUUGGCACUGAAGGAGAGGUUUACAUGAGACAAGAGGAAACAGGAUGCAAGAAGAAGGGCCAAGGAAGUUGGACUAAAAAGGUCAAGAGGAUGUUGAGCAAAGAGAUGGGAAAGUUUUCGCCUAACACCACACCAAAAUCCUCCCCCAAGCAAUCACCAAAACCUGUGAGGAAAACGCUAGGUACAAGUAGUGGUACAGCCCCCAAGGGUUUGAAACUGGCAGAUGCAGUCAAUGAAGUGGAAUGCUAGCAUGAACUUGGGUUCUUGGCGUGGUGAAGCGUUUCCGAAACCACCAUGCAAGGGCCGAGCAUUGUCCUUAAUUGGUACUGGUACGUUGCUGUGCUCGCCCCUGCUGUACCCAGGCACCACGAGGAUUUGGUACCCAUGGUGCUCGUAUCUAAGCGGGGCUCCUGCGACCUGAAGGUAGAUCCAUAGAUGGGUAUGACGCCCUCUGACGACGGUACCGAAGGGCAAACUGCUUCUUUCUUCUGGAAUGAGCCAACAUGCCAACAGCGGGGGCCAUUGGUGUUCCAAGGAGCUCGCACUUGCAGAUUUUCUUGGUUCGCACGGUGCAGGAGCCAAUCGAUAUCAAGGGACGUUAGGCCAUGAGAAGUCGUUUGGAAUAGAAGCUAAUAACUCCAUACUAUUUAUUUUUUAUGAAAUUC